CGCGGCCCUAACUCUCGCUCUUCAGUUUCCAGGACCAGCCUGCUCCCUUCCCCACUGUCUUGAAAUCCGAAGGUCUGGGUGGCUCGGCGGAGGCCAUGAAAUUGAUCCCGACCGCCUUGGUUUCGCGUAACCGCAACCAUCCGAGAUUCACUGACGCACGCGGAGGGAAACUCUGGCUGUGCGAAGAAUCUCUCCAGAGCCGCUGAAUGUCCCCCCCAUCCCCUCCUGUUUUAAGCCCUGGUGAAGUAGCAGCUGUUUUUCCUGAGGUGAUGUUUGAGAUGCUGACUUUUGACAUCACACCCGGUGUUAUCAGAAAACCCACCCAGCUUCACCAUUACUGUGACAUCGGAGGCUGGAGAAAAUGAUGAAACUGUCCAGACUACUCUCAAGUUUACAUACAGUGAAAAAUACCCCGACGAGGCUCCCCUUUAUGAAAUAUUCUCCCAGGAAAAUCUGGAAGAUAAUGAUGUCUCAGACAUUUUAAAAUUACUAGCUUUGCAGGCCGAGGAGAAUCUUGGCAUGGUCAUGAUCUUCACUCUCGUGACAGCUGUUCAAGAAAAGUUAAAUGAAAUAGUUGAUCAGAUAAAAACAAGAAGAGAGGAAGAAAAGAAGCAGAAAGAAAAGGAAGCAGAAGAAGCAGAGAAGAAACUGUUUCAUGGCACCCCUGUUACAAUUGAGAAUUUCUUGAGUUGGAAGGCCAAAUUUGACGCAGAACUCCUGGAAAUUAAAAAGAAACGAAUGAAAGAAGAAGAACAAGCAGGGAAAAAUAAACUAAGUGGGAAACAGUUAUUUGAAACAGAUCAUAAUCUUGACACAUCCGAUAUCCAGUUCCUGGAGGAUGCUGGGAACAAUGUGGAGGUGGAUGAGUCAUUGUUCCAAGAAAUGGAUGAUUUGGAGCUAGAAGAUGGUGAGGAUGAUCCUGACUACAAUCCUGUUGCCCCAGGGAGUGACUCCUCAGACUGAUGGACUGUCCCUGUCUCCAGAGAGGCGUGACUGCCACAGCAUCUGUGGCUAUGCUGAGAGGGUUUGGAUCUUCCUUUCAUUUUUUCUAAGAAAAAACAAAUUUUUCAGGAGAAUAUUCUUCUGAUAGCUUUCAUCAUUGAACUUAAUAAACUGCCCAUAAAAUUUCCAAUAUAAAAUGUUUACUUCCUCUCAUUUAUGAACAACUUAGAUAUUUUAUCUUUAGUUUGGAGAGAGCUCCCACCUGUAUCACUGAUGUAGGCUGCUGCUGUAGAUGCAUGGCUUUACAAAUAAGGAAUUGGUGUGACUCAGGAUUUCUAUACUGGAGUCAGUGGUUAUUUUGGAUCCCAAGUGUCUUACAAGAAGCAUAAGUGAGUAGAACAGUAACCAACCUGGACUUCUAAUGCUUGGCACACUAAUUUUGAGUUUAAAUAAAAUUAGAAGCUCAAAUAUUAUGUAGGGAGGAAUAAAAUAGACUUUAUUACAGUGGUGGCAAUAUUUGAAUCAGGAUUUGAGGAUUUUGAGGUAUGCAUUCCUGGGCCUUUGUGGGUUAGAGACAGAAACAGUGGAUCCCAACCUGAUUUUAAAACAGUUCAGUCUCCUUACAGCAGUUAUAGAGAUAUUCUGACUGAGCCACUGGCCUGUCGGUUUGUCUUACCUGCCUGGGUUAGUCGUUUUCCUGCCAGUUAAGCAGUCCAAAGACUCUUUUGGGAUGUUAGAAGAGAAAUAUGUCUAGAUACAUGCAGAUGGGGUGCCCUCUUCAUAGUAAAUUGAGAUGGUUGGUUGGGACGUUAGGUAGGUGAGCCAGGCUGUCAGUCAUAACAGUUUCGGAAGGUCGACAUGACCCUGGUGAAAAUCACUUGUGCUGUUCAAGUACCUACCUUCAGUCAAAAAUGUCUGUCACAUACCCACAAAUGCAGUUUUAACCUCACAGUUGCUUUUGGAAUGAGACUUAUGAUUAAAAUCAAAAUAUUUAAAAUAAAACUAUCAUGCUGGGA